CCAACCCCGAGGACAGGUGGACAGCUCAGACCAUCAGUGCUGGAAAAACAACGUUAUUGAUAAACAAGGUUUGAGUUUCAGAGCGGGAGGAUUCACUUUUUGUUCAUCAUCAGGACUGAAAGACAUUUAAAGAAAAAGGACGUCUCCUCCAAAAUGAAGAUGGUUGUGUUUGACCACAAGCUGGUUUCAUUUCUCUUGGAUCAUUUUGAAGGAUAAAAACUGGAGACUGCAAUGUUGGUGAAUGUUGUGGAGGUUUGAAAAAGUCCGAACGCAGUCGGGUCUCUGUGGUCGUCUUCAGAGGAGUUCAUGAAACCUGCGACUGCUUCCAGGUCUCGGACAGCCGGUCCAAAACUGAAGGUUUCCGUCUGAUCAUCCUGCGUGUUGGCAGCCUGAUCCAGGACCAGGACCAGAACCAGACCACGCAGCACCAGGUCUGGUUUUAGCCCGAAAUGAUGCUGCGUGAUGCCGAAGACAGUCGGUGAGCCGGAGUCAAACCCACAGGCGUGAUGUUGGCGUGUCGCCCCCUGCUGCUCACUUGGAUGCUGCUCGCAGCCGCAGUCCGGAGCCACAUCUGGAGACCCUGCACAGACCUGCUGCCUCUGGACCUGCUGUCCAGACCUCUUCCACGACCAGGACAAGCCACACCUACACAGGCAGGUCAAAGUUGAAGUAGUGGAACAGAUUUGGUGGUUACGGGUAACUGGAUGAUCAACGAUCUGUCCCAUCAGGUGCAGAUGGUUCAGUCCAAGGGAUCCAGAGGUCUCAGGCUGACUGGAUCAGCAGCGGCUCCACUCAGUUUCCCUGCCUCGCAAAUCUUCACAAACUGUGACUAUUUCCCUGCUGAGUUUUCUUUGAUUGCCACCGUGAAGAUACCGCAACUGAGACAAAAGGCCAAUGAGUACCUCUUCUCUGUGGUGAAGGAUGGAUCUGAUUUGCUCUUGCUAGGGUUACGAGUCUCUGAGAACCGCCUCCACCUGGUGACGACGCAUCCUGGGGUUGUUAGGCGUAGUCGGAUGACUUUUAAGGACGUUGUGUUGGAUGAUAACCAAUGGCACACGGUGGUGCUGGCGGUUACUGGACAGUACGCCACGCUGACUGUCGACUGCGGACUGCCACUGGAGAUUAAGCAGGUUCAGUCCUUCCCCAGCACCCUGAACACCAGAGGGUCCAGGUUCUUCAUUGGCAGUAGGGGCCGGUGGAGGGGCCGCUUCUCGGGUCUGCUGCGCCAGCUGGUCCUGCUUCCAGGCUCCGACGCGGCGCCCCGGGUGUGUCCCAACCCCGAACCCAGUCUGGCUGAGCUGUCCAUCCCUCGGGUUCUGAAGUCAACCCCUUUGCAGCCAGACCACCAAGGACCAGUUUACCCAUACGAGGCCGAGGCCCGAGUCACGGUGGGGUAUCAGCCUCCCUGUUCAGGGCCAGAACUGGGCCAGCUGUGGUUCGACACGCAGAAGAAAGGCCUGUUCAUCUGCGACGGGCUGACGUGGAGGACGCUGAUGCAGAAUAAGGAGCGUCUCGACUACGUAGAGGACUACAAGGACAUGUACACCCGCUCAAAAACCUUCGACGUGGAGGUGUUCUCCAUCCCCUCGGAGGGCCUCUUCAUGGCUACAGCCAACAGUGACCCUCAGCUUGGCUCAGGGAUCUACCGAUGGACGAAUGGCUCAUUCCAGCUGUACCAGAACAUCAGCACUCAGGAGGCCCGAGCCUGGAAACACUUCACCAUCGACGACAAGAUCUUCCUGGUGGUGGCAAACUGGAGGGCAACGGAGCCUGAGCUUUCAGUUAUCUAUCGAUGGAAUCGACGACGACGGCGCUUCCUUCGGUAUCAGACUCUGGAGACCCACACUGCUCAGGACUGGGAGGCCUUUCAGAUGCACAAUCACAGCUUCCUGGUGGUGGCCAAUCACAGAGCUGCAGACUCCAACCACAACAUCCACAGCGUCAUCUACAGGUGGAAUCCUGGCAAGAAGCUCUUUGAAGUCAACCAGACACUGCCCACAUCCGGAGCGUACGACUGGGAGUUCUUCACCAUCGGACCGUACUACUUCCUGGUGGUGGCCAACACCUUUGACGGUCAGACCACCAUCCUCAACUCCAACAUCUACAUCUGGCUGGACGGCUGCUUCCGGAUCUUCCAGAACAUCACGACGGUCGGCGCUGCAGACUGGGAGAUGUUCGAAAUUGACGGCAGGUUCUUCCUGGCCGUCGCCAACAGUCAAAAGCUUUCCAUGGAUGGCCUGAACCUCCACAACAUCAACUCCACUGUGUACGAGCUCAACCUGCUCACUCAGACCUUCAUCCACUUCCAGAGCAUCCUGACUCACAGCGCUCUGGACUGGGAGUUCUUCACCAUCGGAGAUGAGAAGUUCUUAGUCGUAGCAAACUCUCACGACGGCAGGUCCUACUCUCUGAAAAGCGUAAUCUACAGGUGGCAGGGCUCUGAGGGCUUCGUCCCCGUCCACAGUCUGCUCACGUUCGGCUGCAGAGACUGGGAACACUUCACCACAGACGAAGGCUCCUUCCUCAUCUACUCCAGCGCCACCUCCAGUCUGAGCAAGGUGUUCAGACUCAGGACCUACUGAGGACGUCCAACUGCAGCCGGACUGGACCACCACCAUGUACCGUGUAGGACCACUCUGAGCUUCCUGUGGUGACGCUGCAGGAGUCGACCCUCUCAGCUUCGGCCUCGUUGGUCUUCACAACCUCACUCAGUCAGAAGAAGAUUAUUUAUACACAUAGCACUUUUGUCGAAAAAACUGAGUUAAGCUAAGCUCUGCUAAAAAUGAAAGACAACUUAUCUCUAUCUAUGAACAAAGACAUGAAUAAAAAAAGUCCAAGGCAGAUGAAAUCCGUCUUGAGAAUCUUUAUUAGUUGGAGCAGAACUGACUGCAGACGCUCAGGCAGCUUCUUCUCUGGUUUCUGCAGGGACAUCUUCAAUUAUGAUAUCAUCAAGAGGUGAAAUCAAUGAAUUUGAGUAUGUUUUUUUGUGAGUUCAGAUCUGACCUCAUGCACUGACCUCCUCCUCAGAGAAGAAGAAGAGUGCCAUCGUUCAUCAGAGGAUCGUGUCACUGAUAAAUUGUGAUAUUAUCCAACUAUACGUCAAAGAAAACCAGCAAACAAUCACACAAAGAGGCUAAAAGCUGAAAAAUGUUUGCUCUUGAUUGACUUUUUGUCCCGGUGACUUGAACCUGGUGUUCCUCCAAGUGUGAGUCCGUAUUUUUAUUUUUGUCCCCAUACAUUUUUAUGAUUUUCCCUUUUAUAAAACUACAAAUACAUUAAAAACUCACUACAAACUCUAAACACAUAAAAUGCAAAUAUUUAUGAAAUCGCUGAUUAAAGGUUUACCCAGCCCCAAACCAACUUCCAAGUUUUGCAGAGGGCAGGUAGACCCUAACCCUGUGCUGAACGCUGA